AUGGUUCGCCUGAUCUCGCACAACCUCCUCGCAUGCCAUGCAAAAGGCUGCACGACCAAUAACUUCCCUUUAGAGUUCAAGGACGCAGAAAUUGAGCUGCGUGACGCCGAGUUCAACCCGGAUUUCAUACGCGGUUUCAUGCCGAAGAUAGAGUGGGAUGCACUCGUUGAUGCGGCUCGACAGCUAGGAGAUACAUCGCUGCCUACAGAGCCGCCAGAGAUGUUAGAUGACGAGUUCCUGCAGAAACUGCACCAUGUCUUGCUCGAGAUACAUGUCGAGGAGGGCGCGAUGGUCUGCCCAAACUGCAAACAUGUCUACCCCAUUUCAAAUGGCAUCCCAAACAUGGUGAGCCAAAUCAUCCAGGUACUCGCACAAGAUCCGCCGCUCACAUUCAUGGUGACGACAGCUUCUGGCGGAACAUGA